GAGAGCGGUUCCACCUUCCUGCAGCUGGGCCUGUCCGCCCAGCAGCAGCUGCAGGUGAUGUUCAAGGUGCUGGAGGAGUAUGACUGGACGCAGUUCGGGGUAGUCACCACCUUUCACCCAGGCUACCGGGAGUUCGUGGAGCAUGUGGAGGUGCUGACAGACAGCAGCUACGUGGGCUGGGCCGUCCGCAGCGUCCAGCACGUCAACCCCGUCGACCUGGCCCUGCCCGCCAAGCUGCGGGGAAACCAGGGCCCGCUGAGGGAGGCCGGAGCUCAGGUGCGGCUGCUCUACUGCUCCGAGGAGGAGGCCCCGGCCGUCUUCAGGGCCGCCAGGGAGGCGGGUCUGACCGGGCCGGGCCACGUCUGGUUCCUGGUGGGCUCCGGCCUGGCCUCGGGCCCCGGCGGGGUCUCGCCGAUGCAGCCCCCCCCGGCCGACCUGCCGCUGGGCUCCUUCGCCGUGGUCUGGGCCGGCUGGAGGAACCACCUCAACCAGCGGGUGAGGGACGGAGUGGGAAUCUUGGCCAGAGGAGCCCAGGCCCUGUGGAGGGACGGCACGAGGGGUCCGGAGCUCGGGGGAGGCGAGUGCCUGGGACAGCGGCGGAAGAGCGAGGCCAGCAGCCUGCACAGGUACUUCUCCAACAUCACUUGGGAUGGCAAGGAUUUCUCCUUUAACACAGACGGCUAUCUUGUUAACCCCUCCAUGGUAAUCCUGGCUCUCAAUCGCCAGAGAGAGUGGGAGAUGGUGGGGAUGUGGGAGCAGGGCUCCCUGACCCUGAAGUACCCUGUCUGGUCUCGCUAUGGGAUGUUCCUGCAACCCGUCAACAAUGACCACCACCUGACGGUGGUCACGCUGGAGGAGAGACCGUUUGUGAUAGUGGAGGCCAUUGACCUGGCCAGCGGCACCUGUAUCCGUGACUCUGUCCCCUGUCGGAAGCAGCUGAACCGGACUGCCAGCACGAUCCCAGAUGGCAAAAUGUUCACCAAGAAGUGUUGCAAAGGGUUCUGCAUUGACAUCCUGAAGCGUCUGGCCAAGACCAUCGGAUUCUCCUACGACCUCUACCUGGUCACCAACGGCAAGCAUGGCAAAAAGAUCCACGGCAUUUGGAAUGGGCUGAUCGGAGAGGUCGUUUACAAGCGAGCUGACAUUGCCAUUGGGUCGCUGACCAUCAAUGAGGAACGCUCGGAGAUCGUGGACUUCUCUGUCCCCUUCGUGGAGACUGGCAUCAGCGUCAUGGUAGCUCGCAGCAAUGGUACUGUGUCUCCCUCAGCCUUCCUCGAACCUUACAGCCCAGCGGUCUGGUUGAUGAUGUUCGUCAUGUGUCUGACAGUGGUGGGAAUCACAGUGUUUAUCUUUGAAUUCUUCAGUCCGAUGGGAUACAACCGGACACUCUCGAGUGGAAAGCGACCUGGUGGGUCGAAGUUCACCAUCGGGAAGUCGGUCUGGCUCCUCUGGGCGCUGGUUUUCAACAACUCCGUCCCUGUGGAGAACCCCAAGGGGACAACCAGCAAGAUCAUGGUGCUGGUCUGGGCCUUCUUUGCUGUCAUCUUCCUGGCGAGUUACACAGCUAACCUGGCCGCGUUCAUGAUCCAGGAGGAGUAUGUGGAUACUGUCUCUGGUCUCAGUGACAAGAAAUUCCAGAAACCACAGGACCAGUACCCACCCCUGCAGUUUGGGACAGUCCCGAAUGGGAGUACAGAGCGAAAUAUCCGAAGUAACUAUCCAGAGAUGCACAGCUACAUGUCCAAAUACAACCAGAAGUCAGUCGAGGAUGCACUUCACAACCUCAAAACCGGGAAGCUCGAUGCUUUUAUAUACGAUGCAGCUGUGGUGAACUAUAUGGCUCGAAAGGACGACGGCUGCAAGUUAGUCACAAUCGGAAGUGGCAAGGUAUUCGCAACGACAGGAUAUGGGAUCGCCCUGCAGAAAGGGUCAAAGUGGAAAAGGCCCAUUGACCUGGCAUUGCUCCAGUUCCUCGGUGAUGGGGACACCGAGAUGCUGGAGAGACUGUGGCUCUCUGGGAUUUGCCAUAAUGACAAGAUUGAAGUGAUGAGCAGCAAGCUGGACAUCGACAACAUGGCUGGAGUGUUCUACAUGCUGCUGGUUGCCAUGGGGCUCAGUCUCCUGGUGUUUGCCAGUGAACACCUGAUCUACUGGAAACUCCGUCACAGUAUGCAUCACUCAGGCAGACUGGACUUUCUACUGGCCAUAAGCAGGGGAAUGUACAGCUGCUGCCGGGCGGAUGAGGGCAAGGAGUUUGGACCGUACCCCGUGCCGGGGGGGGAGCGCCCAUUCCACCCUCGCCCCCUCUCCUCCUCCUCCUCCUCCCGUCUGCGCCUCCGGCCCCUGCCCAGCAACCCCCGCUCCGCCCCCCGGCCCGUGCCCGCCGAGCGCUGGCGCCAUGCCCGCAGCCCCAACACCGGGCGCCGCCCCCCUGCCGUCCCCCAGCCCGAGGCCUACCACCGCCACUACGGCCCCAUCGACCCGGCCGGGCUGGUUCAGGCGAGCGGGUUUCGCUCGAUCUUCCAGCAGGAAUUGUAG